UCCUCGUUCAUUAGCUGGAUCCACUGGUAUUGCUCGCUUCAAGGCCACGAGAUCUUUGUCGAAGUGGCGGAAGAGUUCGCCUACGACGACUUCAAUCUGACGGGUCUGCAGUGGCUCGUACCACACUACCGCGAGGCGAUGGAUAUCAUCCUGGACCUGGAACAAGAGACGCCGUUGUCGGCGCAUGAAGAAAAGCUGGCAAAGAACUCGGCCUACACCCUCUACGGUCUGAUUCACCAGCGCUACAUCCUCACGAAACAGGGCCUGCAGCAGAUGGGCGAAAAGUUCCAGGCCCGGCUCUUUGGGGUCUGUCCGCGGGUGCUCUGUGGCGGCUCGGGACUUGUGCCUUGCGGCACGUCGGACCAGCUCGGGGUCGAUACCGUCAAGAUGUUUUGCCCACGGUGUGGGGACUUGUAUUUCCCGUCACAGCCCACGCAUCAAAACUUUGACGGCGCAUUCUUCGGAACGACCUUCCCUCAUAUGUUGUUUCUCACGUUCCCGGAGCUGAUACCACCGCUCUAUUCGCCCCACAAGCGGCUGCAUGACCCUCCGAUCGAACAGCUGACGAUCGAGUCUCCGUUCCAAUCCGAUUCAGAUCAUUCCGAUGGCUCCGAAAGCGCCGACGAUCGCCACCACCACGAUGGCGACUCGGAAGUGGACGACUUUUACAAAGACGACGACGAUGACGACGACGAUGAUGAUGAUGAUGACGACGACGACGAGCACUCGCCAAAGGACAAGGUCACGUACCCGGACUAUGCCUACUACGUUCCGAAGGUCUUUGGAUUCAGACUGAACGAAGGAGCCGUCAACGGCCCGAAAAUGACGUGGCUGCGAUGGAAAGAGGGCAUGCCCACGCCC